AUGGUGACUCCUGUGCAGACGUGGGGUGCUUUGGGAAAUAUGGUGCCUGAGCAGAAAGAGUUCGGAGCAGAGACGAAUGCCUACCUGGAGUCAUACGAGGUCUACGAUCUUUUCGCACAUCUUCUUCGACAGGUAUUGGUGGAGAGGCCGGAGAAUCCCAUCAAGUUUCUGCAGGAGUGUCUCAAAGAGCAGUCCAAGCUGUGCGUUUGUGUGAUGGGGCCGCCGGGAGUGAACCGCUCCAAGUACUGCCAACAGCUGGCUACAGACUACAAGGUCAAGCACAUUCAUGUUGGCAAGCUGUUGAGGGCCAAAAAAGAGUUAAAAGACGUCAUGGAUUCGGGCGAGCUGGUUUCAGACGACACAGUUGUGGACAUCGUAAAGGAAGAGCUUAGAAAAGCCAAGCAUACUGGUUGGGUCUUGGAUGGCUUUCCCAGGACGAAGGUGCAGGCCCAGUCCCUGGCGGCUGCGAGCAAGGAGCUAGGAACCAGCUUGGACAGUGUGCUGCUCCUCGACAGCAGCGAGGACCUUGCGAGGCAAAACUUUGCUGCCAAGGUCGACGUGCCAGAUCCCGCAGUGAAGAGAGAAGUGGCCGAGAUGCGGCUUCAGCAGUACAAGCGCCACGUACUCACCAUCAGCGAGUUUUUCAAAAACUCCGUGCGCCGCAUUGAGAUCAACGGAGGAGAGGAUGAGCAGAAGAGCAUCUAUGCCACGAUCAGUAGCAACGUGCAAUACAGAGUGUAUUCCAACGCCCCUCUUCGGAUGCAGCGAGUGUGUAUUCUGGGGCCGUGCGGCUCUGGAAGGACUACGCAGUGCCAGCUGCUGGCUAAGCGACUGGGUGUGGUUCAUGUAGAUUUGGCAGUGCUCCUCCGCGAGAAGCAGGAGGCUGAGGGCCAAGAGGUGGACGAAGUGCCGCCCGAUUACCUCAGCGACGAGGAAGCGUGUGCUUUGAUUGCAGCGCGCUUGCGCAAGACAGAUUGCGUGCGGAAGGGCUGGGUGCUGGAUGGGUUUCCGAAGACACGUGCGCAAGCGGAGUUUCUGAGGCAGGCUCACUUGUGGCCGUCUCGAGUCAUUCAGCUUCAGGUGGCGGAUCCUGUGGUGGAGACACGCGUGUCGUCACGGCGCCUGGAUCCGGUGACAGGCACGGCCCAUUACUCGAACCCAAACAGCGUCGCUGUCCGACAGCGACUCAUCCGCUGUAAGCAUGACGAGGGUGAGAAGGUUAAGGAGCGGAUCAACAUCUUCUUGGACAACGUGGCGCAGGUGUCAGAGUCCUGGAAGCGAGUGUUCACAACUGUGCUUGCUGAUGGACAGCCAGAUGAUGUUGCAGCAGGUGUCUAUGAAAAGGUCUCCAAUCCACUUCCUUCUGAGCUUGCGCAGGAUCCAAAUAGCGGCCUUUGA